GUCUCUUCCCUAGUACCCUCCCCACCCCGCCAAUAUUAUCCAGCACAGAGAAGUAAACACCAGAAGCGCCUCUCCAACUUGCAGGUUUUCUCUAAACUUCUAGUCCUUCCCACACCGUGUCCUGGUUAUAGUAGUUGCUGGGACCUUAUUCUAUUCUGAAUCCCCAGCCCCGAAAGAAGGCCUGGCACUGACGUGUACAGCGUAGUUACAGAGUGACUUUAAGGAAGGCAGGGAGAGUGUGGAAAGGACAGGAGGAGCAUAGCAGGAGGAAGGGAGGGCUCGUGGUUCUGAGCUUCCUAGAAAGCGGCUCUAGGGAGCCUGGGCACCGUGAGCCUGGCGGUUGGCAGCUGAGCCAGGUCGGAGGGGGAAGUGUCGCAGCAUUCCCUGCAGGCGUCCCAGACCUGAGGCGGUGGCCUCCGGAGGGCACAGGACAGAAACAGCCGUCCAAGUAGCUGAGUGGAGGGACCCUACUCAAGUGCAGCUGCAGUGGCCGGGGUUUCCCUCAGGUAGGAUCGGGGCUCCUUGUCGCCGCCAGCCACGUGUGGUGUCCGGUACGGCCAGUGGAGUGCAGGGCGCGGACACCAGGGAAGGGGGUGCAGGGGAAUUCCUGCGGGCCUCGUGUUUGCAGACUUCUCGCCUGGGCAGGAGGCGGUCGUGGGAAAGAAGGCGGAAGAGCGAGCUUUUUGGAACUCUGCACGGGACAGAUUGGACGCACAAUCCUCGGGGGAGGCACGAAGGAAUGGAAAAUUUGAAGCAUAUUAUCACCCUUGGCCAGGUCAUCCACAAACGGUGUGAAGAGAUGAAAUACUGCAAGAAACAGUGCCGGCGCCUGGGCCACCGCGUCCUCGGCCUGGUCGAGUCUCUGGAGAUGCUCCAGGACCAAGGAAAGAGGAGUGUGCCCUCUGAGAAGUUAACCACAGCCAUGAACCGCUUCAAGGCUGCCCUGGAGGAGGCUAAUGAGGAGAUAGAAAAAUUCAGCAAUAGAUCCAAUAUCUGCAGGUUUCUAACAGCAAGCCAGGACAAAAUACUCUUCAAGGAUGUGAACAAGAACCUGAAUGAUGUCUGGAAGGAGCUCUCGCUGUUACUACAGAUUGAGCAACGCAUGCCUGUUUCACGCAUAAGCCAAGGAGCGUCCUGGGCACAGGAAGAUCAGCAGGAUGCAGACGAAGACAGGCGAGCCUUCCAGAUGCUAAGAAGGGAUAAUGAAGAAAUAGAAGCUUCAUUGAGACGAUUAGAAAUCAACAUGAAAGAAAUCAAGGAAACUUUGAGGCAGUGUUUACUACCAAAAUGCAUGCAGAUCCCGCAAGAGCAAAUCAAGGAGAUCAAGAAGGAGCAGCUCUCAGGAUCCCCGUGGAUUCUGCUAAGGGAAAAUAAAGUCAGCACACUUUAUAAAGGAGAAUACCACAGAGCUCCAGUGACCAUAAAAGUAUUCAACAAACCCCAGGCUGGCAGCAUUGCAAUAGUGAGGCAGACUUUCAACGAUGAGAUCAAAACCAUGAAGAAAUUUGAAUCUCCCAACAUCCUGCGUAUAUUCGGGAUUUGCAUUGAUGAAACAGUGACUCCACCUCAAUUCUCCAUCGUCAUGGAGUACUGUGAACUUGGGACCCUGAGGGAGCUGUUGGAUAGGGAAGAAGACCUCACACUCAGCAAGCGCAUCGUCCUAGUCCUGGGGGCAGCCCAAGGCCUGUACUGGCUACACCAUUCAGAAGAACCUGAACUCCACGGAAAAAUCAGAAGCUCAAACUUCCUGGUAACUCAAGGCUAUCAAGUGAAGCUUGCAGGAUUUGAGUUGAGGAAAACACAGACUUCCAUCAGUUUGAAAACUAAGAGAGAAAAGACAGACAGAGUCAAAUCUACAGCAUAUAUCUCACCUCAGAAACUGGAAGAUAUAUAUCAUCGAUAUGACGUAAAGUCUGAAAUAUACAGCUUUGGAAUCGUCCUCUGGGAAAUUGUCACUGGAAGGAUCCCGUUUGAAGGCUGUAAUUCUGAGAAGAUCUACGAGCUGGUGGCUGUGAAGCGGCAGCAGGAGCCGCUGGGUGAAGACUGCCCUUCAGAGCUGCGGGAGAUCAUUGAUGAGUGCCGGGCCCAUGAUCCCUCUGUGCGGCCCUCUGUGGAUGAAAUCUUAAAGAAACUCUCCACCUUUACUAAGUAGUGUAUCGAAAUCUAAACCAAGGAUUCCCUGGACAAGAAGCUGGCAGAGGCACAAAGUGGACAUCUCUCUCUCUCAUAUCCUUUGUUAUUGAGUUAUUUAUGGGUGCAAGGAGUGGGAGCAUUUAUCUGUUACAAAUAGAAAAUAAUUCCAGUCAUACAGGACACAUCCCACUCCAAAUGAUAUUUCCAAAAACAUAUCUCUGACAAUAACUUUGAUAGAUGGUUUGUCAAAUGUAUCUUUCUGGGUGUCCACACCUCUUGGCAAUGUAAUUUGCAGCUCCUCCCACCCACAAAUGAAGUCUCUUUCCCCACCAUUUCAAUCUGGGCUGGCAUUGGGACUUGAUUUGAUCAAUAGAAUGUGGAAGAAGUGACUGUGUGCCAGUUCCAAGCCUAGGUUUCAAGAGGCCUUUUAAAUGUCUGUUGCAACCUUACCCAGCCAUGAACAUGUUGAGUGAGCAUGCUGGGAAUGAGAGACCACAUGAAGCAGAAACAUGCUUUCCUAGCUGAAGUCAUACUAAACCAACCAACAUGACAGCUAACACAUGAAUGAGGACAAUCAAGACCAGAAGAACCACUCAAGCAGAGCCCAGUCCAAAUUGCCCAUUCACACAAUCAGGAGCUAAAUAAAUUACUGUUGUCUUAACA